AUGGUUCACACAAGGUCAGGAGCAAAGGGACAGGAAACAACAGACAAAGCAGGAGAGCCAUCCGGACCUGCGAGGGCCAAGAAUAUUGUCAAAUCCGACAAUGGCGUGAUGAAAAAGAGGACCGAAGGCCGCAAACCGAAAACAACCGAAAAGAAAAAACAGCAGAAGGAACUGGAAAGUAUUAAGAAAGAUGUGGAGGAGGAGAAAGACCGGCGACCACUCGAACAGAGCUACAAAUUGUUACUGGACCAGCAACAGCAACAAGAAGCUGAAUAUGAUUUGAUGGACAUUGAAGAAGAGAACACGGGCGCGCACCAAGACUUUACGAGCCUGGAUUACAAGGAAGGACGAGAGGAUUCUGGUCAAGCAUCCACAUCCACAGCCGGUAGUAGCCCCGGUGGCGACCUGGAUAAACGCGAGAAAGACAAAAUCCUAUUCGCCCACUCCACCAGUAUUCAGCAAAGACGAACCUUCAGACUAUGCUGA